UAUGUCUACUCCUCUCCACCACCACCAUCAUACUCUCCUUCUCCAAUGGCCGAAUACAAAUCUCCUCCCCCGCCCUACACGUAUAGCUCUCCACCACCACCAGUAUACAGCUCUCCUGCACCAAAGGUUGAUUACAUGUCUCCACCACCUCCUUAUGUAUACAGUUCUCCACCACCUCCACCUUAUUAUUCGCCAUCUCCUAAGGUAGACUAUAAGUCUCCACCACCCCCAUACGUUUACAGUUCUCCACCACCACCGUACUAUUCACCUUCUCCAAAGGUGGACUACAAAUCUCCACCACCUCCUUAUGUCUACAGUUCCCCACCACCACCUCCUUACGUCUACAACUCUCCACCACCACCACCAUACUACUCACCUUCUCCAAAGGUGGACUACAAAUCUCCACCACCCCCUUAUGUUUACAGCUCCCCACCACCACCCCCAUACGUCUACAAUUCUCCACCACCACCGCCAUACUACUCACCUUCUCCCAAGGUAGACUAUAAGUCUCCACCACCUCCUUACGUCUACAGUUCUCCACCACCACCAUACUAUUCACCUUCUCCAAAGCCCGCAUACAAGUCUCCACCACCUCCAUACGUUUAUAAUUCUCCACCACCACCAUACUACUCACCUUCCCCUAAGGUUGAAUACAAAUCUCCACCACCUCCUUACGUCUACAGCUCAACCCCACCACCAUACUACUCACCUUCCAUUUUCCCCCAAAAGUUUUAA